CCUUUGCAACAUGAAGUUCUACACACUCUUUGUUUUUGUACUGGCCAUGCUGGCGAUGGCUAUUGCUCAUCCAAAUCCUGAACCACAACAAAUUUAUCCUUAUGGGGGUGGUGGCGGUGGUGGAGGAGGUGGUGGUGGAGGCGGCGGCGGCGGUGGUGGAGGUGGUGGUAGAAAGUAAUGACUGUAUCAGAUCGCUUGGCAGUUUCAAAUUUUUAACGGCAGUAUUUGUGGGAAAUGAGUUGUUUAAUAAUAAAAAAUGCACACCUGCAUACAUACAAA